AUGUCCUUUCUCUUCCGGUUUCACGAUCUUAUCGGCGGAAUUCACGUUCCGGUGGACGACGGGGUGGACAAACUUAACCGCAAAUACACACUAUUAGUCUUCCUAUUCCUGGCUUUGCCCAUUUUCACCAAACAAUACAUUGGAGACCCCAUUGAAUGCUUUACGCCCACCUAUUUUACCGAACCUCAGGCCCGGUAUGUCAACUCAUAUUGUUGGACGGCUUCCACCUAUUAUCUCGUCGCCGCCGACGCCGACGAUGACGAUUACGACGGUUUCACAGGACAGGAUCCGCCCGAUCCGCGCGUUCUUCCAGAAGAGUUAGAUUACGGGGGUUUCGACGUGGCGUCGACGGGACCCGAGCGGUUGCGUCGGGUGCGCGUGGGUUACUACCAAUGGGCGCCAUUGAUACUUCUGGUGCAGGGCUGUUGCUUUUACGUGCCGUUCCUCGUGUGGAACUCUUGUGCUCAUAACGCAGGGGUGAAACUGCGGCGACUGUUGAAGAAGGCGUCGGACAUCGCUUCCCUACCGCCCGGUUGUCAACAAAGAGAGGCCCUUUUGGCCGAAUUUGUGGACCAAUUCCAUACGCUGGUGACGGGUGAGGCCGGUUGGUGUACAGACCCGUCGUGCCGACUGCCGCUGUCGUGCCGCUGCUGUGUGGGCGGGCCGAGCCGCUACCUGUGCCUACUCUACCUCCUGGUCAAGACCCUAUACGUGCUGAAUGUGGGCCUUCAGUUCGUACUGUUGGGCUCAUUCAUGGGCCGCGGGUUUCUUCGCCACGGACUUGAACUGAUCCGCCGGUUCGCCAUCGACGGCGACUGGUGGGCGUCGCCCCGAUUCCCGUUGCAGACCCUGUGCCAAGUGAGGGCAGCCAUACAGGGAGGUCUGCGCACCUAUACGUGUCAGUGUGUACUACCUAUCAAUGUGUUCAACGAGAAGAUCUUUUCGGUCGUUUGGUUUUAUUUGGCAUUUCUCAUGCCUUUAAACAUCAUUAGUCUUAUCUUUUGGGUGUGGCGUACCUUCCGGUGCAACCGACUCGCGUACGUACGGCUCUGCCUCUGGAGGACUAGACUCGUAGGCAUGGCUGAAGUGGGCCGACUCGCCCGCAAAAUCUCGGCCAACUAUCUGGGCUGGGAUGGGGUGUUUGUGUUGCGGCUCAUUGAGCACAAUCACGGCUCAAUUAUGGCCACAUUGAUUGUGUCCCGUCUUUGGGAGUUCUACGCCAACCAAAUGAAGCUUCAGGAGGAGGCCGGCGGCAACGGCUCCGACGCCGAGAUGGGCAGUGUUGCCUCUGUCGGCGCCCCGCCCUCCACCUCAUGGCACUCAUGUCACGCCACCUCAUGUCACGCGACCGGACAUCACGGACACCAUUACCCGCCGUCGACCCCAUCCGGACAGCAGACGAUGGCUCGCAAAGGAAACAUUCCUCCCAAUGGGUAUUGGGGUAAAUGA